CCCUGGGGCUCACUCCCACAAUCAACGUUCUUCUAAAUGUCUCAUUUGAUAUGGGCCAAGGAAAGCAUUUAUAACAAUCAAGAAAUUUGAUCCAAGUGGUCCAUAGCAUCUCCAUCAAUUAAAUAUCUUUAAAAAAAUUGUUAAAAUAAUUCAAGCAAUUUAUAGUUAGCAAAUAAUUUCAUAAAAUUCAUACAAUAGUUUUUUCAAAAAAUUUGAUUUAAUUUUUUUUUUUGCUUUUUAUAUCAUUUUCUAAUUAUAAGAACUGUUUUCAGAUACUUUAUGUUUUUAUGUUUAUAUUUUAUUUAUAAAUAUUGUUGAUAAUAAAAAUUAUAUUAAACAUAAUUAUAUUUACUUAUAGUACAUUCUACACAUAAAACUUGUAAAUGAAAAAAACAACUAACUGAUUAUUAUUGGUGUAGUAGUACACUUUAAUGUUGUUUUCUAAAACGAAAAAUUAUCCAUUAUUUUUCUUCUUCUAAAUUUUACUUUAUUGAUGUAUAUUUUAUUACUAUUUAUUUUUGUACCAUUCAUUUUUAAGAGUAAAAUGAGAGGUAAACAAAAAAAUGUUUUUAUAUUUAGCUUUAUAGUUUCCAUACAUUCGAUAAAAAUCAAAUACUAUAUAAUUUCCUAAAUAAACACUUCAUAUGUGUGGUUUGUUUUAUAAACUCCGAAAUUAGAUAUUUCAUCCAAUAGCACCCCUUAAAUAAGAAACAACAAAAAAAAAUAGAAUUCUUUCUCAACCCAUUACAUUAUCUAUUUUUCAUUAUAUUUUUCUGUUAAAACUUAUUUCCAAAAAUAUCAUUUACUAAUGAAAAAGUAGAAAAAAUCCUCCAUUUGUGCAUGUUUUCUUUUUGUUCUUUUACGGAAAAAGGAAGAAGAAGAAGGAGAAAGACAAAUAAUGUGGCUACCGAAAACAGAUGCGACAUGUAAAGGAACAUUAAGUGGUUCAGUUGCUGUUGCAAUAGACAAAGACAAAACUAGCCAAAAUGCUAUCAAAUGGACAAUGGAGAAUCUUACUUCUCGUGGCCAAACUCUUGCUCUUAUUCAUGUCGCUCCCAAAUCUCAAUCUUCUUCAGACAUAGAAGACGGAACAAUGCAUAUGCAGCAAAUGGAUAAGCAAACAAAAGAUCUCUUUGUAUCUUUCCACUGUUAUUGCAGCCGUAAAGAAAUACAUUGUCUGGAUGUUUUGCUUGAAGAUGCAGACAAAGUCAAAGCGAUAGUUGAAUACGUUACAGUUUCUGCCAUCGAGAAUUUAGUACUUGGUGCUCCAUCAAGGAGUAGCUUUAUGAGAAGAUUCAAAACGGAUUUACCAACGAGUGUGUCAAAGGCAGCUCCAGAUUUCUGCAAUGUUUACGUCAUUUCCAAAGGCAAAAUCUCUUCCUUACGAAGCUCCUCUCGUCCUGCUCCUUACAAAUCAACAGUUCUCAGCGAUUUUGAAAAUCAGGAAACUGCUGCCUCUGAGAAAAAACACAAACCAGCUAACACUACCCCAAUAACUAGGGCACGAAGAUCAGUUGAUUCAGAUGGUCCAAGACCAGGGUUUGUGAAACUGCCACAAGGAAAUAUGAAAAUGAUAGGAGACUUCUCAGAUUCAGGGUCCGAGUUCUCAUUCAUAAGUGCUUCACAACAAGGAUCAGAAAACUCCUUUAUCAGCUCGGGGACGCCGACUAGUGGAGAUAGGUGUUCUUUUACCUACGAUCUACCAGACUCAGCAAGAACCUCAAGAAUGUCAACUAGCUCAGAGCAGAGCAUUGGGUCACAUAGAUUAGGGAUCAAGUUUACGGAUCUAGGUUUUCUCAAUAACUCUUCAACGGCUUCUGAAGAGAGUGGAAGAACUUCUUGCUCUUACUCAUCUCAGAGCUUGGAUGAUGUUGAAGCUCAAAUGAGGAGACUGCGUUUAGAGCUAAAACAAACCAUGGAUAUGUAUAGUUCAGCUUGCAGAGAAGCUUUAACCGCAAGGCAAGAGGCGACAGAGCUGAAAAAUCUGAGGUCAGAAGAGGGAAGAAGAAUGGAAGAACUAAAGAUGACAGAGGAGACAGCAAUUUCAAUGAUUGAAAAUGAGAAGGCAAAGGCCAAAACAGCCAUGGAAGCUGCUGAGGCUGCAAACAGGCUUGCGGAAGCUGAGGCAAAGAGAAGACUAACCGCAGAGAUGAAGGCACUGAAAGAAAGCGAUUCUCCCACUCGGUAUACCAUGGUUCGGUACAGGAAGUACACUGUUCAUGAAAUCGAAGAAGGAACUGAUAAUUUUGCAGAGUCAAGAAAAGUGGGAGAAGGAGGGUAUGGGCCUGUGUAUAGAGGUCAUCUUGAUCACACAAGUGUUGCUGUUAAGGUCUUACGUCCUGACGCUGCUCAAGGAAGAUCACAGUUUCAAAAAGAGGUUGAAGUACUAAGUUGCAUAAGGCAUCCAAACAUGGUGCUUCUCUUAGGAGCCUGUCCAGAAUAUGGUAUCCUCGUCUACGAAUACAUGGCCAAAGGAAGCUUAGACGACCGUCUCUUCAGACGCGGAAACACGCCUCCCAUUUCAUGGCAACUGCGUUUCAGAAUCGCUGCAGAGAUAGCUACUGGUCUUCUCUUCUUACACCAGACCAAACCAGAACCAAUUGUCCACAGAGACUUGAAACCAGGAAACGUUCUUCUCGACCACAACUACGUCAGCAAGAUCAGCGACGUAGGGCUAGCGAGACUCGUCCCCGCGGUAGCAGAGAACGUGACUCAGUACAGAGUCACAUCAGCUGCGGGAACGUUCUGUUACAUCGACCCUGAGUAUCAACAAACAGGAAUGUUGGGUGUGAAGUCUGAUGUUUAUUCGCUAGGAAUCAUGCUUUUGCAGCUUUUGACUGCGAAACAGCCAAUGGGUUUGGCUUAUUAUGUGGAACAGGCCAUUGAAGAAGGGAAGCUGAAAGAUAUGCUAGAUCCUGCGGUACCAGACUGGCCGUUAGAGGAAGCAAUGUCUCUUGCUAAGUUAUCGCUACAAUGUGCUGAGUUGAGGAGAAAAGAUAGGCCUGAUCUUGGUAAAGAAGUGAUGCCUGAGCUUAAUAGACUAAGAGAAUUAGGUGCAGAGAGUCUUGAGAGUGUGUUUUAUGCUGGACAUGGACCGUUUUCACAUUCUAGCCAAGUCUCUUAUACAUCGGUAAGAAAAUUGCUUUUAAUUUUAAAAAAAAAAUCACCAGAUUAUUAUAUUUCUCUAUGGUGUUUGAGAUUUUUUUUGUGCGCGUGUGGGGAAUUUUAGGAAGGUAGGAGUGCUCCUUCUAUAUCGAAUCCAGGAUCUUAUAUAUCAAACCCAUAAUGUUGAGAAAAGACAAGGAAUCUGGUAAGGUAUGGCACACUCUUGUUACAUUAUCUGAACCUUGUUGAGAUAAACACUCAUGAUUGAGAUUUUGAUUCACAGGAGAUAAAUGUCAGUAUAAGAAAGCCAAGAGCAAUGUAUAUAUUCAGGAAAAGAAAAACUGCCUCUUUAAUUUGAGCUGUAGAAGAGAGGUGUUUGAGAUUUAAAGCCAAUAUUAUUUUUUGUGUUUUCGAUUAAGAAACAAUAUUUUAUAUACAGGGAACAUUAUUUAUUCAGAAGACGUAAAUAUUUGUUGCAUACACUCAUUCACUCAGUCGAAUAACAUAAGCUAGCCAGCUACACUUACACGGUAUAAACCAGUGUUUUUAAAAUCGGACCAAUACGUCUGUUGAACUGGAUUCGACCAUAACCGAUUACACAACCGGAUUAGAUCUAAUAAUUGGUUUGACCAUAAAUCGUUCACGUAGCCGGAUUGGAUCACAAAGUUAUUAAACUGAUAAAAAUUACUAAAACUUUCAAAAAUUUAUAAGCCAUUCAUAUAAACAUAAAACUAAUUAUAUUUAUAAUAUUGUACGUUUUAAAUUUAUUUAUAUUUUAGUUAUAUAUCAUAUUUACUAACAUUAUUUUUUAAUUUAUACAUUAAAAUAUAUAUAUAUAUUAAACCAGAUUAUUGAACCAUGUUUGAUCCGGUCAAAAUAUAUUGAAUCAUGACCUAAAUAUUAUCC